CCGCCUUCAGCAAACCUCCGGCCUGAGCUGGCGAAAUCGAGUGGUCGGCGGCGGCUGCGCACGUCCUUCUGGAUCGCUCAGCAGCUUUAUAAAAGGGGCGCGAAUCUCUUUGUCCGGCAGAGCUUGGUUCCUGCUUCAACAGUGCUUGAACGGAACUGGUUCCACCGCCUUUUCUCUCCUUUUUUCCCUCCGUCUUGGAUCGCCUCUUCCUUCCUUCCUUGAGUAGAAAACAGUCGAGGGAGCGACUCGCUGCUUGCUGAUCUUCCGCCUCCAGCAGGAUCUCCUUGGGCCGGACGCCUCUUUCUCUACCUUCUUCCAGACCACCGCAGAAAUGGACUCCCAGAUCCGCCAGAACUACCACCGCGACUGCGAAGCUGCCAUCAACCGCAUGGUCAACAUGGAGCUGUAUGCCAGCUACGUCUAUCUCUCCAUGGCUUCGUAUUUUGACCGGGAUGAUGUGGCUCUUGCGAACGUCUCCAGCUUCUUUCGGUCUCAGUCACAUGAGGAGCGGGAGCAUGCUGACAAGUUGCUGAAAUUUCAGAGCCAGCGUGGGGGCCGGGUCCUCCUACAAGAUGUCAAGAAGCCCGAGAAGGAUUCUUGGGGAAACAUCCUGAAUGCCAUGGAAGCAGCACUCCAGCUGGAGAAGAGCGUUAACCAGGCCCUUCUGGAUUUGCACCGUUUGGCGAGCGAUCAGGGAGACCCACAUCUGUGUGACUUCUUGGAAUCUCAUUACCUCGAUGAGCAAGUCAAAGCUAUCAAAGUCCUGGGUGACUACGUUACCAAUCUCCGGCGCUUGGGUACAUCCCAGGGAGGGCUUGGCGAUUAUCUCUUUGACAAGCACACCCUUGGACAGAGCAGCAGCAGCUGAUUUCACCUUCCCCCCAAUUCCUGGGAGUCACUUCCCAUGAACCCACAAAAACCAGCCCACAUCCAUCACUUUUGCUGUGCCCCGGUCAAGGAGGGCUCCUACCUGCCAUCUCACAGUUGGCAUGCUUCCAAUAAACAAGGGUUCAUCUGUUUUA